GGCGAUCACUUUAUGAAGGUCUACUUCCGCGCUUACCUGCUACUUUACCUUUCCCCUUUACGCUCACUACUCACCAUCCUCAACAUGAUCAGGAAACGCACCCGGCCUCAACCACGACUGCGACAGGUUUCUAUCGAACGGGAAGAUGAACCUCCUUCAUCUGAAGAACUCGAAGGGCAUGAGAAGCUAGAGUCGGUUCGCUCAGUUCCAUCCUUCGCGCUUUCACUCACCAUUUGCAGUUUGACAGACCUCAUUGAGCUACGAAAGCUGAGACGGGCUAGACAAGGUAUCGAUAUUGUCAAAUUAUCGAAAGGGGAUGCCAAGAAGAAAAAGAAGAAACCGAAAGAACCGGAGGGUGAGCGUGGUGGUUUGAAGAAAGGUGCGGAGGUGCAUGAAGCGGAAGACGAGGAGGAGGAAGACAAGGAUGCAAAGGCUAGGAGAGUGGUUCGGACGAACAACUUCACGCAGCAGACAAAUAUCCUCGAUGUUGAUAAACAUAUGAUGGCCUACAUUGAGGAGAACAUGAAGGCCAGACGAGGGACUAUGGAGGAAGAGAAGGCGGAUGAAGGACCUUUAGAUCCAUAUGCUGAGCUUUUCCGGAUGACGGAACGAUACAAAUCACAGCCUGAGAAGAAGGAUAAGGAAGAAGGAAAUGUCACCAAUAGUUUGGCUAUGCUGACUGCUAUUCCGGAAGUGGACUUGGGCAUGGACACGCGGCUCAAGAACAUCGAAGAGACUGAGAAAGCGAAGCGCAUGGUCGCUGAGGAACGAAAGGGGAAGAGAAAGUUUAAUGACGAUGAGGCUCAUCUCGUGGCAUCGCGAUUUUACCAACCCAAUCUCAGAGCAAAGUCAGACGCGGACAUCAUACGGGAUGCAAAACUCGAAGCCAUGGGUCUGCUCCCUGAAGACCACGAACCACGGAGGGAGGGUGGACGCAGUCAGAUGGCUACCGACGAGAUGGUCAUGGAACGCUUCAAGAAGCGAAUGCGUAAAUGACACGGUACAUCGCAUGUCUGCAUUUGGACCUUUGGAACUGUAUUCUAUUGUUAUACUAUGUAUAUCUAGCUGGUAAUCUUCAUGGUGCAUUCAUAUAUUGUACCCACUCCUGGACGUCACUGUAACGCUUCAAGCUUUGACUCGCAUAUAGGCAAAUGUCCAUAUAUCGUCAUACACUACUAAUUACAUUACAUACUCGCCUCAGCCUGCGCCUUCCAAGAAAUAUGCUACAUUGGCCGGCCGUACAACGAGGGCCCUCAAGAUGGAGGGUAUAA